UUACAAUAAAAUUGGUGAUGAAGGUGCAUCAGGCUUAGGUUCUGCUUUAGCAAAUUGCAUUAAUCUCUCAAAUUUGACACUUUACCUUAGUUACAAUAAAAUUGGUGAUGAAGGUGCAUCAGGCUUAGGUUCUGGUUUAGCAAAUUGCAUUAAUCUCUCAAAUUUGACACUUUAGCUUAGUGGAAAUUAAAUUGGUAAGGAAGGUGCAUCAGGCUUAGGUUCUGCUUUAGCAAAUUGCAUUAAUCUCUCAAAUUUGACACUUGGCCUUAGUAACAAUAAAAUUGGUGAUGAAGGUGCAUCAGGCUUAGGUUCUGGUUUAGCAAAUUGCAUUAAUCUCUCAAAUUUGACACUUUACCUUACUUACAAUAAAAUUGGUGAUGAAGGUGCAUCAGGCUUAGGUUCUGCUUUAGCAAAUUGCAUUAAUCUCUCAAAUUUGACACUUGGCCUUAGUGAAAAUUAAAUUGGUGAUGAAGGUGCGUCAGGCUUAGGUUCUGGUUUAGCAAAUUGCAUUAAUCUCUCAAAUUUGACACUUUAGCUUUAUUACAGUAAAAUUGGUGAUGAAGGUGCAUCAGGCUUAUGUUCUGCUUUAGCAAAUUGCAUUAAUCUUUCAAAUUUGACACUUGACCUUCGAUCCUAAAAAAUAAAUGAUGAGGACUUAUAAAAUUUAAGUGAUAUUUUAAAAAAUUGCAAUAAUCUGUCAAAAUUAAAUCUUGUGCUUAGGAGUAAUGAAUUUGGCUCUUUAGGUGUAUCUAGCUUAGGUCCUGCUUUAGCAAACUGCCACAAUCUCUAAUCUUUAAACAUAGACUUCUAUUACAACUUAAUAGAUGCUUAGUGUGUAUCAAACUUAAUUUCAAAUUUAGAGAAAUGCAUACAUCUUAACAAACUAGAACUCUGGGUUGACUGCAAAGUUGAUGAAUAGAGCCCUCAAAAUAUUUAUUCUUCUCUUGCAAAUUGUAGAAAUCUUUCAUCUAUAACACUCUACUUAGAGGAAAAUAAUAUUGGUGAUUAACAAAUAUCAAAUUUAGGAUUUACUUUAACGAAUUGUAGUUAACUCAAAAAAUUUAAGAUCUAUCUAUACAAUAAUAAAAUUGGUCCAUAGGGAAUUUCAAACUUGGGUUUUGCUUUAAAAAUGUGCCCUUAUCUAUCAAGUUUAACUCUCAACCUUAACAAUAAUUAAAUAGGCGAUAAGGGCAUAUCAGAUUUAAGUUCUUGUCUAAUAAGCUUCCCUAACCUCUCUUAAUUAGUACUCAGCCUUAACGAGAAUUAAAUUGGUGAUCAGGGUGUGCAAAGUUUAUGUUUUGCUUUUGCAAACUGUAAGAAUCUCUAUUAUCUCCAUUUUGGAUUUGCGAGGAAUCUAAUAGGUGCUCAUGAAGUUGUUUAAUACCUAGGCUCUGGUUUAUGCAAAAAUAUUAGGCUCUAAACAUUGAUACUCAGUCUUUUUAAUAACCUCGAUGAUGCGUAAAAGAAUAAAUUAAGUUAUAAGAUUUAGAAAAUGAAGAGGUUAGUUAAAAAAGAACUUUGUUUAUGA